UAAGCUAUUCCACUUCCUGUUCGCAAUUAGAAUUAGACCGCGGACAACAAACUAUCCCCAGAAAGAUCCUCUCAGAAUCCUCUCUCUCCAAGAUGGCAGCAAACAACACCAUCGUUGGUACAAUCAACUUCAUCACCUUGCUUCUCUCAAUUCCAAUCAUUGGUGCUGGAAUUUGGCUCGCUAACGAACCAGACAAUUCUUGCGUGAAGAUUUUGCAAUGGCCUCUUAUAAUUCUAGGAAUGUCAAUCUCCAUUGUGGCUCUAUUAGGUUUCGUAGGAGGGUGUUGGCGCAUCAAUUGGCUCCUCAUCUUUUACCUUGUUGCAAUGUUCAUCCUUAUAGUACUGUUUGCAUGUUUGGUUGUUUUAAUAUAUGUGAUCACCAACACCGGUUCUGGGCACCCUGCACCUGGUCGCACAUACUUGGAACAUGACCUUGAUGAUUUUUCUGGUUGGCUUCGUCAAAAGGUCGUCAGUCCUUAUAAGUGGAAUCGGAUAAGAUCCUGCCUUAACUCAACGGAUAUGUGUUCUGAGUUAAACCAGAGAUAUCGGAUAGCUCAGGAUUUCUUCAAUGCUCGGUUAACCUCUAUACAGUAUGGAUGUUGUAUGCCCCCAGCUGAAUGUGGGUACACCUAUAUAAACCCAACCUAUUGGCUGACUCCCAACAACACAGCAGCAAGUAUGGAUUGCUUGCAAUGGAGCAAUGAGCAGAUGCAGCUUUGCUUCCAUUGCGAUUCAUGCAAAGCUGGAUUGCUUGCUAAUUUGACCAAAGAAUGGAGAAGGGUAGACAUAAUAUUGUUCAUAACUCUUGUUGUUUUGAUAUGCGUAUAUUUGAUAGGAUUUUGUUGUGCCUUCAGAAAAUUUAAAACUGGAGAUUCAUCUCCAAGGCGCAACAAACAAAAUACAUAAGGCCUAGUACUAACUAGUUAGGAGCUACUUCUACUUUUUUUUCUUUUCUACAUUAAUGUAAAGUUGGAAGAGAGAGAAGAACUUGGAACAUCUUUGCGUUAUUCACGGAGGCACCGAAAGAUGAUGUUUUGUGGGGUUUCAUCUCCAACUUUGUCUUUCUUCUCAAUUAACAACUUUGUAUUUUCUAUGGCAAAUUCUGAAUAAUGGUAAAUUCAAAACAGAUUUGGGCUGGGUUUUCAUGUUUCUUCGCAAACCUGACCCCUAGUCGACUCAGUCUAGAACAG